GAGUUCGUACAUGUAGUUCUUGUGUAGAGAGAGAGAGAGAGAGAGAGAACAUGUUCCAUGCAGCACAGUCUCUCAAUGGAAGAAGAACCAAACACUCUUCUACUGUCUUCUCACUCUAACUCCACAUCCCACGAGAUGCCACCCUCUGUCGACUCUUUCUCUCAGCUCCCAUUCAUUAGAUCAACCCCUCCUCAACCUUUACCUCAUGACCCCAAAGCCCCAACUCUUGAAACUCGACCUAUCAAGCUUUUCGGCAUAGAAUUCAACCAGAAAUCCCAGAAUUCUGGUGAGAAUUCGAGCCAAAAUUCAGUCGAAGAGGAAGAAACCAAAGAGCAAAACACCCCGACAACUGGUCGCAAAUUCGAGUGCCAUUACUGCUUUCGGAACUUUCCGACCUCUCAAGCUUUAGGAGGCCACCAAAAUGCUCAUAAGAGAGAGAGACAGCAAGCUAAGAGGGUGCACUUGCACUCAGCCAUGGCUUCUCACCACCCAGGCCUUGUCAAUUUUCAUCACAGGCUUGCUCCCCCACUUUCUCUCUCUAACAACAGGAGCUUCUUGAGCACCUUCAAUGGCUUCAAUGGCCUGACUGGUUCGCCUGUUCUGCAAAAUGGAGGGUUUUCCCAACCCAUUAACGGCACACCGGCGUGGAGAAGCCUCGGAGUACAGAGCCAUGGAGGCUAUGGUGGUCAUGGGUUCAGUGUUCAGAGCUCCUCAAAUGUGAUCCCAUUGCCUUUGUUUGGAGUAGAAGAGAAGAAGAGAGAUAGUAUGGUGAAUCGGAGUUGGAGUGAGUCCUCUUCCUCUUCUUCUUCAUCUUCUUCCACUACUAAGGUUCAUGAUCAAAUAAGUUUGGAUUUGCAUCUGUAAUUUUUGCGGUUUUUGUUUUUUUUGGGUGAUCUGAAUGGAUUAUUGCAAUUGGUUUUAUUAAUUAUUCCAUUCUCACU